GGUGCCUCGUCCGGCCGUUAGGUGGCGGUAAGCGACCGCGGUUUGGACACAGACCAGUCGAGGCUGCUCACCAGAGGCCAGAGAAGAAGGAGGAGGAGCGCUGUCAUGGCGGCCAAGGUGGUGAUGGUGGCCGUCCCGACGGUGCUGGGAAUCGCCUCCAUCCGUGUGUACACCGUGAGCGAGGCCCCCGCCGACGGGCUGGUCACUCGGGAGAAGCUGAACAUCUACAGCCCACUGGCCCAGUCUGCUCAGGUCCAGUUUGCUCCAGAGAGGCCCGGCGUCAUCGAGGGUGGCUUCACUGCAGCGAGAGAGGCCGUAGUACCACUUGCCCAGGCUGUAAAGAGUGCCUGUGUCUCUGCAAAAAGGGGAAGUGUUAAUCUGUAUCACGCAGGACAGGAUGUAUACUAUUACCUGAAAGACCCUCCCCCAGGUUUUCUACCCAGAUUUGGCACCAUCACCAUGGCUGGCCUGCUUGGCAUGUUCUUGGCACGGAAAGGUUCUCGUUCCAAGCAGUUAGCCGUUCCCCUGGGCCUGAUGAGUGCUGGAGUGUCAGUAUGCUACCCGGCCCAAGCAGUGGCUGUGAUUAAAGUGACGGGUAGGAAGGUGUACGCUGCAGGGCAGUGGAGCAGUGCUGCGGUGUCUUCGCUGUUCACCUCCACGCCCCAGGAGCCGAUUGCCAAAGAGAUUACUGGUUCACAACCACAGGUGUCUAGCCCAGAGUCUGCAGUGGCUGAAGCCUCGGAGGUCAGCUCCGCCACAGGCAGCUCCCCACAAAGUGCUACAAUACCAGAAACAGAGGUGGAAUCUGCAGAGUCUGCUCCCGUCUCUGAUGAACCCAUGGCUGCUGUCAUAACAAAAGAGGCAUCAUCUGUAACACUCACGGAGAUCUCCCCUGACCAGGCCCCCACAGAGACCCACGCAGAUCCUGUGGUAUAUUCAGUGCCGGCAAAAACAGAAACGGCUCCUCCUCCUGAGGAGCUACCUGCCGCCGUUGAAAGCGAGGAGCCUUCAGACACAAAACAAGCCCCAGAGGACGUCUCAAAUGAAGCCAGCCCAGCCGAGUCCGUGGCGAGCUUAGAACCAGAGACGGUAGAGGCUGCCCCAGUCCAAGAGACGGCAGAGGUUGCUGAGGUCCAAGAGACGCUAGAGGCUGCCCCAGUUGCUGCCCCAGUCCAAGAGACGGUAGAGGUUGCCCCAGUCCAAGAGGUGGUAGAGGCUGCUGAGGUCUUAGAGUCUGCCCAGGUCCAAGAGGUGGUAGAGGCUGCCCCAGUCCAGGCUGCUCAGGUGGAGUCCGCUCCUUCCUCUGAAGAACCAGCAGCUCUCAAGGCCUCAGAGGAGUCAGCAGUGCCAGUUGUUGAAUCGGCCGAGCCUGAACCCUCUGCCCUACCAGAGUCAGCUGAUCAGCCUCCAGUUGCUGCUGUGGAGACCCCAACGCCAACAUUAACACCCCCACCACCAGCCGAACAGCCGGCAGCAGAAAACAGCAAAGGGGGCUCUGACUUCAAGCCAGACCCUUCUCUGAUGGACUUUGGCCAAUCCAACCCCGAGGAUGAAGACCUGUACAGCACACGCAGCUGAGACGCCAUAGCUCCGGCCUCAAGAGCAAAAUAUGCCACCUCAUGCUCCUCACUGAGGAACACUCUGUGUCAUUAUGCAGUGUAAAUUGCCAUAUUGCAGGCACGCAUAGUCAGGAAGUCUUUCAUUAAUAUUUCCAUUCUCCCCUUUUUUUUCCGCCUACAACAUUUCCACAAAAAAAACAGCCAAGUACAUUUGCAUUGCAAAUAGCGGCAAGCUGCGGCAGUCGGUUUAUGUGGAAGGACCGAAAACCUCGAAGGAAAAUAAUACACCCACGACCAUUUACAAGUCUUUUAGUUCACUGGUGGCAGAUUGUGAAUAUUUCUCUCUGCUUGUGUCAUUUUCUACAGCUUUUUACAGUCAUGAAGUGUACGCUGCCUUUAUUUAUUGUAAUCUAGCCCACUGCAUCGGUUAGCUGGAAAUACUGCACGUGGCGCAUCACAAGACGGACUGUUGAUGUUCCUUUUUGUUUUUUGAUUUAAACAUCGUCUUCACAAAGUCAAAAUAAAUCUAUAUUUUUCAGGGA